UUCAAAUGUUAGAGUAAAACUGGCAUUUUUGUGUCUCAGCUGUUUCUACGAAAUGACCCUUCAUCGCAGCGAAACGAACAUGAUUAAUAUCCGCUGCUCCCCGCUCCAGCUCCAGCUCCAGUAAGAGAUCGCACGGCACAGAAUUCGAAUCAGUCCAGAGGAUCUUUAAAUAUCUAUGGCUGUAAUUCUCUACGGAUUAAUAAGACAUCUUAAGCUUACCUUAAUGGCUGAUCUCAUACACAAACAAACAAAAUCGACCUUUCUUUCAUUUGUUUAGGAAUGCGAACUCUCCCGCCAUUUUGGGGAAACACAAAGCCAGGCUACUAAGCAAAGAAUGGUUACAAAGCUGAAAGCCGGUGAGAAGGUUGGACAACCUUUCUGAGAUCAUACAAAAGUAUCUUCACUCUUUUUCAUCACUUUUGUCUAUAUUUAUUGUGGAAAAAAUUAAUUUCUGACGAUGAGCCAACUUCUUGUUGACGGUGCUUCGUGUGAUAAUGGGAAGAAGGUGUCAAAUAUUGGUGAGCUGUGUCCAGCGGUGGCAAUGUAUGGACCUUGCAACAUUGAAGAUUUGGAACCUGGCAAGACCAUGAAGUGGUGUACUUGUGGGCUGAGUAAAACCCAGCCAUGGUGUGAUGGAGCUCACAAGAAAACUGGUUUCAAGUCUUUGAAAUGGAAGGUUCCUGACCAUCCCCAAAGAAUCUACUCAAUUUGCUGCUGUAAACACACCAAGAAUCCACCCUUCUGUGAUGCAACCCAUGUCAGCCUUCCAGCUCUGGUAACAGAAAGGCAAAAGAACUGCAGAGGUGCUCACAAGAAUGACAUGAAAUUAUGCACCAGCUGUGGGUGGGUUCCCAAAUGGUAGUUAACUAAAAUUCGUCAGCAAUGCAGCUCAAAUUUGAAUUUUCAUACAAUCUAAUUGCAUAGGCCACUUUUUAUAUUCAUCAAUGCCAUUGCCACACUUUCUUUGAACCAUUUUGUAAGAAAGAAACAUCACAAGUUUGAUUGUCACUUUAAUAAGCACAUACAGUAUAUCAAAAAAACAUAAACAGCAGUAGCAGUGGCAAAAGUAUAGUAGUCAUCAGUAGCUUGUAACAGGUUUUUAUCUAUCAUGAAAUAGCAGUAAAGCGUAAAGCAAAAUAAUCUUUCAAAAUUGGAGGUUCCCCUCAAACUUAAUUGUUUUUUAUCAAUUACAAUAAAUUAUUGAUGGUGUAAAAAAAAAAUUUUGGUAUUUACAUAGUUCAACACAAAAAGAAGUGUUUAAAGAUCACAACUUUACCCAGAGCUUUUAGAGAUAAUUUCUAACAAAUUUCUUAUAAUUCUAAAGUUUAAUAUAAGAAAGGAUUUACCGGUAAGGGGAGGCAAUAUCAAGAUAAAUUAUUCCUUCCAGUUUAUAAUAGCAUUAUGCCAUUAUAAAAAGGGGAAAAAGCAUUAAAAUUCUUAAUGUCACAGUCAUGACACAUGAUGUGAUACCUGCCACUAGGUUCAGUUUUUCCAAUAUACCAUUCAUGUGAUACAUGUAAUACAUGUACAAUAAGACUAUCAUAAUGGAGAC